AUGGCUGUACUAAUAUCAUGUUCGAUGAUGUUAUUGCCGUGUGAUACAUCAAUGAUGUAUCAUGUAAUUAAAAGCCAAUCAGUUAUUAAGUUAUAUAUAUUUUUUAACAUGUUAGAGGUCGGAGACAGGUUAUUUUCAUCAUUUGGCCAAGACAUUUUAGAUGCAUUGUUUUGGACUGCUACUGAACCUAAGACUAGUCGGCGUGAACAUUUUGGAGUUCUACCACAUUUUAUCAUUGCUGUUUUCUAUGUUUUUUUACACAGCAUACUAGUAUUAUGCCAAGCUACAACAUUGAAUGUCGCCAUUAAUUCUAGUCACAAGGCAUUACUAGCAAUCAUGAUGUCCAAUAAUUUUGUGGAGUUAAAAGGAAGCGUUUUCAAAAAGUUUGAUAAAACAAACUUGUUCCAAUUAUCAUGCAGUGAUGUUCGUGAACGAUUUCAUCUAUUCAUCUUAUUAUUAAUAGUUGUAGUGCAAACAAUGAAAGAAUAUCAAUGGACUAGUGAAUCAUUUUGGGAGUUAAUGCUUGACUGCAUUUAUGUCAUGAUAUCAGAAAUGUUAAUUGAUUGGACAAAGCACGCAUUCAUUACUAGGUUUAAUGAGAUAAACUUGUCAGUAUACAGUGACUAUAUAUUGAGCUUUGCUUAUGACACUGCGCAAUCUCGCCAUAAAAAGGCAUUCACUGAUCACUCGGAUUUGGUUGCAAGACGAAUGGGUUUUAUCCCGAUUCCACUAGGAGUGGUUAUGAUUAAGGUUCUAACUAGAUGCGUGUCCAUUGAUGGACGACUAGCUUCCAUAAUUCUACUAUUCUGUCAAGACAUGGCAACUAGUCCAAUGAGACCACCAAUCCGUAAAAAACAGUCUUGGAGUGACAAUAAAGAAAAUAAACCUUCACCACUAAUUGAUGUGCCGCCAUUGGGACCUACACCAAUGUUUGCAAAUAGCAAUGUCGAUAUAAAGGAGGCAUGCCUUAAUACGCAAAUAUUAGAAGACAUUAUGGAAUCAGAUUUGACGCAUAGUGACUCUGAUUUAAACUUAUCCAUGAUCCGCGAUGCUGAUACACUGAGUACUAAAUCUGCUUGA